AAUCAAGUCACACUAAGGGCAUAUUGCAUCAACAGCCGUGCGGGGGGCUAUGCGGUGAAUCCUUUGACAGCAGGUAUAUAAAGACGCCAGGUAUCCACACGAUAGAAUCAGUUCUAGUUACUCUCAUCAUUUAAACAGCAUCUCACAAAAUGGCUCCUCUCGAUAACCCCGCUAUUCCCAAAGGCUCGCUAGUCCUCGUGACUGGAGUAAACGGCCUUCUCGGCUCUCAUGUCGCCAAACAAUUCCUCGAGUAUGGCUACAAGGUCCGCGGUACUGUUCGCGAUGUCGAGAAGAAUUCGUGGCUCACAGCUGCGUUUGAUAAACAAUAUGGCCAAGGAAACUUUGAGCUUGUUGCGGUAGCGGACUUGACAGAUGACAAGGCUUUGACUGAGGCCGCCAAGGGAACCGCUGUCAUUGCGCAUACCGCCUCAAUCAUGUCUAUGGACGCUGAUCCUAACAAUGUUAUUCCUGCCGUCAUUGACUUCGCCGUCGCGGCAAUCAAGGCCGCUUAUGCAGAGCCCAGCGUGAAGCGAUUCGUCUUCACCUCAUCAUCUUCCGCGGCCGUCGUUUCUCAGCGCGAUGUCCCCGGUAUCAAGGUGACUGAAGAGACCUGGUCUGAAGGUGCCAUCAAGAAGGCUUGGGCUGAUCCUCCUUACACCCCCGACCGACGUGGUGCUGUGUAUGCUGCCAGCAAAGCACAGGCGGAACAGGCUAUCUGGAAGUAUCACAAGGAACACCAUAGCGAGAAACCUGAGUUGGUCGUCAACACCGUUCUUCCCAACUUCAACUGGGGUCCAUCGGUCGACGUUGAGAAUCAAGGCUAUCCUAGUAGCUCUGGCCUCCCUGUGCUUCUCUUCAAGGGACAAGUAACACCAUUCCACGGCUUUGUCGUCCCUCAAUACUUCAUUGAUGUCGAUGACACUGGCAGACUUCAUGUCGCAGCUGCUGUCUUCGAUCAUGUCAAGGAACAGCGUAUUUUUGGCUUCGCCGGUCGCUUCAGCUGGGACGCUAUCCUCGAUAUUCUUAGAAAGAACUUCCCCAACAGGACAUUCCCUGAGAACUUCUCAGGUGGAGAGGACCCCAAUGAGAUUGAGCCAAGAGAUAAGGCUGAGCAGCUUCUGAAGGAGCUCGGCCGACCUGGUUGGACAAGCUUGGAGGAGUCUAUUCUGGCUAAUGUCAAAGAGGUUGCGAAGGCAGAGGAGGAUCCCAAGCUUUAGACUAAUAGAUCUAGUAUAAUAACUAAAGUAUUCUAAUUAAAGUUCAGCCCUGUAGGUAGACAUUGAUAACGGUCGGACCACUGGUCUUAAAAAGCCAAUUCUAUCUUAGGAAUAAUGCACAUCAAAAAUUGCAAG